GCUUAAAACCCCCAAAAUUAAUCAGCUAGCCAUUACCAAUGGCGCCACAUGAGAUACGACGUCCGUUCAAACGGGCAGCAAUCUCCGACCAACAAAAACGCCGCGAACUUUCUUUACAACGCCAAGCCGAAAACCGAACCCAUGCUCAACUCCAAGCCCGCCGUCUCGCUUCUUCCAUCCUAUCCUUCCCGAACCACCAAUCCGAACCUGAAUCAGUCCCUGAACCCGAAUCACACCCUGAACCUAUAGUCGAAGAACCCGAAUCGGAUGUCCGAGAUGUUACCGAUAUGGAUAUCCGUCAAGCGGCUAAACUCAAAGGCUAUGAAGCUCGCCGGUGGUACGCUAGUCAACUCAUGCUCCCUGAAUGGAUGAUUGAUGUUCCUGAUCGCCUUAAUCAUGACUGGUAUGUGUUUGCAAGGCCAUCUGGAAAACGAUGUUUUGUUGUUUCCUCAAAUGGCACGACUGUCAGCAGACUACGCAAUGGUUCCCAAUUGCAUCGUUUUCCAUCUUCUUUACCUAACGGUGCAAAAACUAAAGAAGGUUCCCGGUCUGCUCAUUCUUAUUGUAUACUUGAUUGCAUCUUUCACGAGUUGGAUCAAACGUAUUAUGUUAUAGACAUGGUGUGCUGGGCAGGGAUCUCAUUUUAUGAAUGCACUGCCGAGUUUAGAUUUUUCUGGAUGAACAGCAAGCUCAUUGAGUCAGGGGCUUGUGAGGAGCCAUCUACCUACCAUAGAUACAGAUUUAGUCUCUUGUCUGUUGAUAAUUGUGAUCAAGAGGGACUCCAAACAGCUUAUACAGGGUCGGUACCGUAUGUGAAAGAUGGGCUGUUGUUUUAUAACAAGCAUGCACAUUAUCAAACAGGAAAUACACCAUUGGCUCUUGUCUGGAAGGAUCAGAUGUGUAGUCAGUAUGUCAUUGAUACGGAUAACAAAGGACAGGUUCCAAAUCAACAACAGGUGGUUUUGGAGCUACAAGAUAAUGGACAACUGGUUACCUCUGAUGAUCCUCCUGUUGUACUUGGAUGCUUGAAUGCAACUUUCAUACAAGAGACAGGGUUGAAUUCAGGAAACCUCCUACGUUUUGCUGUUAAUGAGGGUGGGUUAACAUUUGUGGAUGGGAAGCUGGAGAAGGCUAAUCUACAGUAUGUAGGAAAGGUCCACCGUGCACGUGCUUUUGCAGAUAGUUACUCUAAGAUUGUAUUCCAAUAUAUGGUUCGCCAUUCUCCUCUACAAAUAGAACAUCUGUUUGCAUCUAUGGGUACAUCAAAUGAACAAGAUAGCAGCACGGAUGAGUUGGAAAUGGAUGGUUUGAUGAUCUGAUGUCAAUAACGUCAAAGAGAUUUUAAUAUUCAUACCCCAUGAACCGUGAAGGUUUGACUCACCCCUCCCAUGGCUUGUCAAUAAGCACAUUGUUUCCACAGGACUACAACUGUUGAACCCAUGGUUGGCUUGUGCAUGCCCUGCUGGAAGAUUAGUCCCUUUAUGUAGAUUCUCAAAAGAGAGAUGGAUUGUGGCUGAUUUUGGAUUUUGUAGAUCCAGAAAAAAAUAUGGAUUGUAACUUAUUUUAUGGAACUAAGGUGAGAGGUGGGUACUCGUUUGUUAUUUUGUAAUAGAAUAGAACAACUGUGUAGCAAGCCUAUUUAAGGCCACUUGACUACUAUAUUUAUGUUCAUAUGUUUGUUUUUGAGCAAGUA